GUGUGAAAUUUGUUUUAAGCAAUUAAGUGCAGUAGAUACCUUAAAAAAUCAUAUGAGAGUUCACACGGGAGAAAAACGGUACAAGUGUGAAAUUUGUUGUAAGCAGUUUAGUCACGCAUCUAAUUUGAAAGAACAUUUGAGAGUCCACACUGGAGAAAAACCUUACAUGUGUGAAAUUUGUUUGAAGAGAUUUACUGUAAUAGGCGAUUUGAAGAAACAUUUGAGAAUACAUACUGGAGAAAAACCGUACAAGUGUGAAAUUUGUUUUAAGCAGUUUAGCGAAGCAAGUAAUUUGAAAAAACAUUUGAGAGUCCACACUGGAGAAAAACCUCACAAAUGUGAAAUUUGUUUUAAACAAUUUGGUCUAGCACGUGAUUUGAAAGUACAUUUGAGACUCCACACUGGUGAAAAAUCGUACGAGUGUGAAAUUUGUUUUAAGCAGUUUAACCAUGCAUCUAGCUUAAAAACACAUUUGACAGUACAUACUGGGGAAAAACCUCAUAAGUGUGAAAUUUGUUUUAAGCAAUUUAGUCAAACAGGUAAUUUUAAAAACCAUUUGAGAGUGCACACUGGAGAAAAACCAUACAAGUGCGAAAUUUGUUCUAAGCAAUUUAUAGAAGCAGGUAAUUUGAAAAAACAUUUGAGAGGCCACACGGGAGAAAAACCAUACAAGUGUGAAAUUUGUUUUAAGCAAUUCAGUAAAAUCAUAAGACUGACUAAAGUCAUUUCCCAGUGUCUGAAUUCUAUUAAUUGGAGAGAAUUUGCCAUAGUUGGUGUGAUAGUGUUUUAUAGAAAAUACAGGCAUGUCUCUAAGAAUUCUAGUGCUACAUCUAAAGUUGAUAAGACUUAA